CAGCAGUCACUUGCCGAUGUGCAGGACCUACAGCCACUGUACACUAACAAUACUCCAUAUGAGAAGCGGGUUUUUUCUCACAUUAUUAUUAUUUUUUGGAUGAUUUGGUAGCAGGGAGGUUCCUGAGGAGAUUCCCGGAUAUCUUUGGAGCGACAUGAGCUGUCUCUGUUCACUGCUACAAGUCUGAGGACUAUUUUCUGGACGGUAUUUAGCUUGUUAGCUGGUUAGCUAACCAAUCAUACAAGGUUAGCACCUUAUAACAGUUUCAGGUUGGACUUGGGAAGCUGUUUAAGACGAAAAUGGGAUCAACAAAACCAGCUGGUGUGAUAGCGUACAUCUGCUCUUCCGGUUCCGCCUCCAGCCCCAAAUCCUGCUUGAGUGACAGCUCCAGUGUCCACUCACAGUCGUCAUCCCCGCCCCCUUCAACAGCACAGAGCGUGAAGAUGGAAAUGCCCAGCGCCAGGCCUCUCGGCGUCCCUAAACCCACCCACUCUCGCAUGCCUGUGUCGGAGAAGAGCGCAACCAAGAGCAGCAUCACGAAGCUGAACGGCAUGGUGCUGCUGUGUAAAGUGUGUGGCGACGUGGCUUCAGGAUUUCAUUACGGCGUUCACGCUUGUGAAGGUUGCAAGGGCUUUUUCCGGAGGAGCAUCCAGCAGAAUAUCCAGUAUAAGAAGUGCAUGAAGUCGGAGAACUGCACCAUCAUGCGCAUAAACCGAAACCGCUGCCAGCAGUGCCGAUUCAAGAAGUGCCUCGCGGUGGGAAUGUCACGGGACGCUGUGCGGUUUGGACGCAUCCCGAAGCGGGAGAAGCAGCGCAUGCUCCUGGAAAUGCAGAAUGCCAUGAACAGCGUGAUGACCGGCGCCCAGCUGCACCAAGUGCUCCGAGACUCCAGCUCCUGCUCUCCCUCGUCUUCCUCUUCCUCUCCCUCGCCCCCGUCCUCACCGCAGUGCUCUCAGGACUCAGAGUCACUAGUGCCCAUGGACACUAUGAGCUUGGCCUCGUCCUGUUCCUCAGACAGCGGGGAGGAGGAUUCGGCACCUCGGCCUGAUGGAUUUCAUCUUGCACAAUCAGGGGGCGCCCUUUCACUGGGCCUCUCAGAACGACUGAGCAACAGCAAUGUGACAAACAUCCACAACUCUCCCUGUGAAAGUCGGCAGCAAAUCACUAUCAGGUACCACAGCAGUGCUCAGCCUGAUAACGCCUCAUACUGCCACUACAGCAGACCCAAUCUGAACGAGCUCGCUGGAAUAUCAGCCAGCCGAAGGCACCUGGUGUGUCCCAUGAACACUUCACCCAUAGUGGACCCGUCCAAGUCCAGCCAUGAGAUCUGGGAGGAGUUCUCCAUGAGCUUCACGCCUGCUGUGCGAGAGGUGGUGGAGUUUGCCAGGCAGAUUCCGGGCUUUCGCGAGCUCUCGCAGCACGACCAGGUCAGCCUGCUCAAGGCUGGAACAUUCGAGGUGCUGAUGGUGCGCUUCUCCUCGCUGUUCGACGUGAAGCAGCGCACGGUGAGCUUCCUGAGUGGGCGGAGCUACAGCGUGGAGGCUCUGCGCUCCAUGGGUGCGGGAGAACUGCUCUCGUCCAUGUUCGACUUCAGUGAGAAGCUCAUGGCGCUGCAGCUCAGCCCCGAGGAGAUAAGCCUCUUCACCGCACUCGUGCUCGUCUCUGCUGACCGCACCGGGAUCGAGGACAUGAGCUCGGUGGAGGCUCUGCAGGAGAACCUGAUCAGAGCUUUGAGGAACCUGAUCAUGAAGAACCACUCGAACGAGGCGGCCGUCUUCACCAAGCUGCUGCUGAAGCUACCGGAGCUUCGUUCCCUCAAUAACAUGCACUCGGAGGAGCUGCUCUCCUUCAAGGUCCACCCUUAAAACAGACCUGCUCUCCUCUCUCGGACCAAACCGGGCUGUAUGUUUCCCUCCUGAAUGUAUUUAACACAAAAGAUUUAUUAUUACUAUUAUUAUUAUUGCUAUGAUUAUUACUACUACUACGUCAAAAGGGUUUAGGAACUGUGGAAGUCCAGAGAAGAGGUGUAUUUUAUUUUAUAUUUUUAAAUCUGUCCCAUUAUCUUGAGUUUACACACACACAUAUACAUAGCCUAAAGUAUAAGAUAAAUGGGUUGCCAGAUUGGGGUGACUUUUAAAUUCAGUCACAGUUUAAACACCUUCCAGCUUCUUGCACUUACAUAUAAUGUUAGCUAGCAUAAUGUCUCAGUUAUGGCAUAGCUAGGAUGAAAUUGGAUGAACAGGGAUUCUGUAAAAGCUAUUAUAGCUAUAAUAGCUAAUAGGGAAAUUAUUUAGGUCUUUAGACGUUGUCGCUUGACCAUCUUCAGCAGUGACCAGCCUCUCGUUCGUUAUCUCCUUAUAUGACUGAUAAAUACCUUAUUCUGAUUGGUCAGAAGGUGUUGAUUAAUUUUCUAUAACAGCAGCUCUGACAGUAGUUCCGGUUGUAACUGAAAUAGAAGGUUUAUAUUAAUGCGUCGUUCUAAUAUUUUAUCGUUUCUAUGUCUGAAGAGAGGCUGGUGAGGGAAUGACUGUUUAUAGCUGCUAUAACGUAACUGAUAACAGGAAGUAACUUGUUUCAUGGACAUACCACAACAUUAAAUGCAACUAUAAAUGGAUAAAAAGUGUCAUUCUUUAAUAGAAAUGUAUCUAUUCUUUGGUAAAUUGCUGAAGGAUCAAGAGGAGUAAAACACUUCAGGGUGUGCUGUUAUAGGAAAAUAAUCAACUUUAGGGUGGGAACAGUAAUCCAUUGUUGAUUAUUUUCCUAUAAUAUGUCCGUAAGUGUUGUAUUCCUUACAACAAGGACAGAAAAAAAAACAAUACUGCGUCUCAGCUCUGGACUUCUGUAAGGAACGGAAUGCUGUAUUUUUGUGUACGUAUAUAAUAUAUACAGUAUAUACCAUGUCUAAAGUCUGAAUUGCACACGUUGUGGUAUUGAUGAUGUGGACAGCACAGGUGAGACAGAGACAGAGAUCACUGCUGUAAUCUUCCCGAGCGUGUCGAGUCGUGACCGUCCAGGUCCUGCGCUUGCUUCUCUGCACUAUUCUUUGCACACUUGACAAAAGGACGGAAUUGUAUCAAAGGUUCUGAAACGUGCAAUAGGUGCUAAUGCAUGAUUAUGUGUGUUUGAAUAGUUUAGUGUGGCAUCCUGUCCAAAAUGUUAUCUUUUAAAAUGUCCUACUUAUUUGUUUUUGUUUGGCCUUCAUCAUCAUCCUAAAUCAUCGUCGUCAUCAUCAUUGUUUGUGUGUAAAAUGUCUUUUGUAUUUUAUUCAUGAAUGUAUAACAUUAGCCAGGCUGCACGUUAGGCGCCGCUUUUAAAAUGGAAACUCGCUGCUUUUGCACACGGUGACGCGGAACAGAACUGAAGCACACGCAGCGUGUAAAUGCUCUAUAUGCAAGUCUAUGCAUAACCAUGACACCACAGCAGUAUGACGCUUUGGAGUCCAUCUUCCAUCACGAAAACAUCACUGGAGAAAUGUUUUCUACCUGCGUGAAUGUAUAUCAAGAACAGAAGGACCUAUGGACUUGAUAAGAAGCGUAUACGGAUGGCUGUGUGUGUGUGUUCUUUACAGAUGAUUCUGAAGAUUCUGAUAUAAGAGAUUAAGUGGAAAUCUGAUUUCCGGGGGCCGCCCCACACCUCCUCUCCUCAUCACUAUGCAGCUCGACAGUGCGGACUUUUCAUACUUAAACCAUGGUAAAGAAGCUCUAUAUAUGUAAUGUAAUGUAAUGUUAUAUUCUUUAUGUCCACAUUGUGCUGUUGUGUAAGAUAUCUAUCUAUAUAUAGUAUAUAAAUAAAUAUCUAUUAGUCA